AGAUGGUGCUACACAGUGGCUAGAGACGUUAUCAGAUAUGGCUCAGAAUAGAAGCCAGUGGCGAUCCUGCUGUAACCUUCUUUUACUUUCUUCAUAAAAAGUGGUUGUGUCUCCUUACCUGAAAGAUUUCUUCUGAUUGUACCUCUUCGUCAUUACUCUCUUUUUCUUUUGCGUUCCUUAGUUUUUUUUUUCUCUUUCUACUUCUCUUCGAAUUCCCAUUGUUUUGUGUGGCGCAUAUAUAUUGGCGCUCUCUUGUACCAAUAUUUAUGUGUUCAAAUAAAUAAAUAAAUAAAUAAUUCUUUAGAUCGUAGAUACUAACUGUUGAGGAAUUCCAAAAAUUGAUAAAAUAGCUGGUCAGUGCUUCAUCGUUUUCAAUAGUUUUCCAGCUUAUAUCAGUUCGCUAAAAAAUAGUCAAUUUCAGGAUAAAUCUCCAUUCAAACACUUAAUUAGUACGGAAAAAACGCUCGUCAUUGGAAGGUAAAUUGAAGUAUCUUAUGUGAUUACUAAACUAAUGCUUAUGACUAAUGUUGUGUGGAAUGAAGUUAUUUCAAAGACUUCCUAUAUUGUAUGGCGGGAAAAUUGAUUUUUUAACGAGAAAUUGUUGAAAGUUGCAUUUCCUUAGUCACAAUAAAUCAAUCCAAACUGUGUUUUCUUAUUGAUUAAGCAUACUUACUCUCUUAUUAUGGUACAUAAUGUUUAACUGACAACGGUAAAAAGGUCUUUUCAGCGAGAAUGAAAUGUUUUAAAAAGAUUACUAUUAUUGAUAAAAUUGAAACGAAAUUCUUGUUAUUGUUAAUCAUAUAAAUAAUUCUAUUUGUUAUUCAUUUCUUAUUAACAGAAUCAAAAAUUAAAGCAUAAACAGAAGAAAGAAUUUAACGUGUUAUCACAACUUAUCACAGCCGUAAAAUUAAAUGCACUUGAUAAAAUCCCCAAAGUACUCAAUUUAUCAGCUAGGGAUGUAUUUUUGUACGCUUUAAAUGAAUUCCCAUGGAAGUGUAUUAGAGUUAAAUCUUUUCCUACAACUGUUUGUACCGCUAUUGCUAUAAUUUUACAAUGUCCAGUUAUUGGUUUAUCAUCUGAUUAUUAUAUACUUAUGUCAAAGAGACAAAAUAUUCUUAAUAGUUUGAUUUCUCAACCAUAUUCGAGUCCGACAUUUCUUACACUUCAUUUGGCCAAUCUAAAUUUGAGUGGUUCUAGUAAAAGUAGUGGUGAAAAAGAAAUGUUGUUUCACAAAUUUAUUCCUAAACUUUCAAUUUUAGCUAGAUCUUCAGAUUUUCACUUGCCUCUUUUAGCUGUGUUAGUUGGUACAGAUGUUGUGUCUAAUGUAAGACUUCCAUUAGAAUUACAAGAAAAAUUACAAACAAACAAUUCAACAAUAAAUUACUCACAACAUCGAUUAUCUGUACUCCUUGAAUGGUUUUCACAGUUCGAUUCAAAUUCAAUUAAACCAUUAGAAGAUGUUAUUAACUGUUAUCCAGUUGAACAGCGCACUUCUAUAAUAAACGAUAUGAUACACGGCAUUUCUCGUUUUGUUUGCCCUCUAGAAGAAACUAAAAGUGUUAUGAGUCUAUUGAGUGAUAAAAGUUACUUUAAUGAUACUUCAACAAAUACAUUUACAACUAUUAAAUCAUCAUUCAGAUCUAGUGGAAGUGUUGAGGAUGUGAUUAAUUCACUAAAAGGUACUAUUGUAGCAUACUUAUGGCAUGAAGACUACACAAAUGGGUGGCCUCCUCGUCUUCUUUAUAAUUUCAGGAAGGGAAUAUUAUUUUCAAAACCAUCUAUUUAUUCAUCUCGAGGUGUUUUUCUUCUCACCGCAGUUGAAGAUCCAAAAUGCCCAUUCUCAGUUCAUGAAACGUCAUUCUUAAUUCGAAGACUACACUAUCAAAUUUAUGUGUCAUUGGAACGCAGUUUAAGUAUGGAAAAUAAACUUGUCGGAUUAAAUCCUGAUGUUAUUGAAUAUAUGAGACAAAACGAUAAAUUAGUGAUGUAUCAAAUCCCAGUCAAAUAUAUUCCUUUAGAUUUCAACAAAGUUAGCACAGAUGAAGUUAUUAAAGAAAAUCUGGGUUUCGUCAAACUACCGGAAAACAAUUUAAUCCCUAAGUUACUUUACAGUUUAGCAGUAGUCUUGUCAUUUUGGUUUCAGCAAUUAAAGUAUACCUCUAUUGAGAUCCCUUCUGUGUUUAGUGAGUCGUCUGUUGGACUUGCUGUAGCUUCUUGUGCUGUCGCAAAUAUAUACAACGAUGGUUCGUCUAUUAGUGAAUUGUGUGAAUUUUAUAAUAACCUAAGCAUAAUGCCUGAUCAGUUGUCGAUUUCAGGUAGCAAUUCUACUAAUUUCAGAAUUGAUAUUGUACACAGCUUUAAUGCUAUACAGUCAACUUUUAACAGUUUUAAAGAUUUGGUUACAACUCUCAACUGUCUUGUGCCAGAGAAUAAACAGUCAAAUUAUUUCACUUUUGGACAGUCUUGGAUACUGUUUCCCUCUGGAAAGCUGGUACAUUUUUUAGCUACUCAGUUAGCUUCUUUAGAGCCCUGUGGUAGACGUUAUUCAGUCAUAAGAGUAUGGCUUCCGAAACUUCUCUUUAUUAAAGAAAGAAAUCCCGACGCAACAUCUAGGCUGACCAAAGCGAUAAAUACUUUGAUCACUUUUAUUGAUCUUUGUGAUAUGAUUAAAAUUAGUCUUCCAUCAUCUUUAGAUUCAUUUUAUAGCAUCCAUGAAUUAGAAAGCAAUUAUGUCCGUGAAACGAUGCAUACGGUUCCUAACCUAUGUGAUCGAAACAAUACGAAUCUAGUUAAUAAACCAAGUAAUUCAACAUUUAAUGUAAUAUUUCCUCGUGGCUGUCGAGAAAGAAGAGAAAACAGAACGAGUAACAAAAGGAUUUAUAACAAACCUUCAGCUGAAAAUAUUGUGCAUAGUGCUCAAGUACGUUGUCUUUUCCAAAGUAAUUUCCAUUCAACAUAUGGAAAAACCUAGAACAGUGACUUACAAAUCAUCUAGAAACAUAAUCUGUUAAGAAUAUUUUAGAAAUCCUAAUCCUGUUCACAUGUAACAAGUUGUAGUACACUGAUUUUUAAUUAAGUAAGUACAUUCUUUUUUGUGUUUGGAUCAUUAACAGAUGUAUCCAUACUAUCGAAGAACAGAAUAUCUCUAUUUUUUACCUCAUACUUUUCUAAUCUUCAUUUAUUAUGUAUUCAUGAGUCCAUUUUACCGCUAUACCGGUUGCUCUUUUUAUAUCUAAUUUCAUAUAUAUCAGAUAUGAUUUUUUCAAAGAAUUUAAUUUAAUACUAUUUCCUAU